UUGUUUCUUUUCUCUCAUUGUUUCCUUCUUUCCUUUCCAUCAUUCCCCCACGCUUCUUAUCCUUGUUCAUUUGGGUCCCUUCUUUAGCAUUCCUUCCUCAACCCAAGUUUUCUCCAGCUUAUGAUAGAAGAAGGGUGUGCAAAAAUGCAUUUUUUUCAGGCAUCUAUGGAGAGAAAAUAUGACAAUGCAAAUAUAGAAGCUGGUGUGGAUCUGAAGGUGAUGAUUGAGGAAAUGGAAUCCAUUCAUGUGCCUUCAGUGUUCAUCUGCCCAAUCUCCCAUGAACCAAUGCAAGACCCUGUGACCCUUUGUACUGGCCAAACCUACGACAGAUCCAACAUCCUCAAAUGGUUCUCACUUGGUCACAAAACAUGUCCAACAACAAUGCAAGAGCUUUGGGACGAUGUUGUCACUCCCAACAGCACCCUCUCCCACUUGAUCCUCACUUGGUUCUCUCAAAAGUACUUGGCCAUGAAGAAGAAGCUUGAAGAUGUUCAAGGAAGAGCCUUGGAAAUCUUGAACACUCUCAAGAAGGUAAAGGGUCAAGCCAGAGUUCGAGCACUUCAAGAUCUAAGGCAACUUGUUAGUUCUCAUGUCAAUGCAAGAAAGACUCUGGAGGAAAAUGGUGGUGUUGCUUUGGUUUUCAAUUUUUUGGGUCCUUUCACUUCCCAUGCUGUUGGGUCAGAAGCUAUUGGGAUCAUUGUGUGUUUGGAUUUGAGUUCUGAGGUGAAGAGAAGCCUCAUGCAUCCUGCUGAGAUUUCAUUGUUGGUGGAUAUCAUGAAUGAGGGAACCAUUGAGACCAAAAUGAACUGUGCCAAGUUGAUUGAGAUGUUGUUGAUGGAAGGGAACAAUGAGGUUGUUUCAAGUUUGAGUCUUUUGGUUGGUUUAUUGAGGCUAGUGAGGGAUAAGAAACACCCAAAUAAAAUGGUCUCAAUUGGUCUCAUAUUACUUAAAGCUAUAACAUGUUCCCAUGAAUCAGUUAGAAGCUCUUUGAUAAGCCUAGGAGCAAUUUCUCUAUUGGUUGAGCUUUUGCCUAGUUUGAACAAUGAGUGCUUGGAGAAAGCACUCUACAUUCUUAAGGUGUUGUCAACACUCCAAGAGGGAAGAAUGGCUUUGAAGGAAUGUCCAAAUAUCAUUCCAAAUGUGGUGAAGUUGCUGAUGAGAGUCUCAGAGAGGUGUACACAAUUAGCAUUGUCAAUAUUGUGGGCUAUUUACAAGCUUGCCCCUGAGGAAUGUGCCUCACAGGCUGUGGAGGCUGGAUUGGCAGCAAAGCUUCUUUUGGUGAUUCAGAGUGGAUGCAACCCUGGGUUGAAGCAAAUGUCUUCUGAGUUUUUGAAAAUGUGCAGCCUGAAUUACUCUACUAGCAUCUUGGUUUCCAAGUGUAUGCUCACCACAACAAUACAAUGAAAAAGAAAAAAACUAGAGAAAUUUUGUUUAUAGCUUCUUCAUAUUCUGUCAAAUUGUAUUCAUAUGUUUAUGAAUUUUUAGAUUUUCCCCCUUUUUUUUUUUUUUGAGAAACUGUAAAUAAAUCCAAGGCUUAUGAUAUAUAGCUAGUUGGUGAUUCAAAUCUGCAUCCUGGCUGUCUUUAAUGCCAAUCAGGCAAUCGAUAAAAUUUGUUGGAAGCUGAGUUGUGAGAUUAUAGAAAUUGAUAUUUUUAGUGGUCCAGUCCCUACUCAAUCACGCUGUUUUCUCC